GUUCAAGAUUCAUAAUAAUAAUUACUGCCUUUUUUUAAUCAUACAUCAAGAAUGGAAAAUAUAAUUUUUAAUAAGGAUCAAGAAUGUGAAUCCUCUAGUUAUAAAGAUUUCACCCAAGAAGAUUUGUUUUUAGCUCCAGAACCAAAAAGAUCAAUUGAUCAACAUAAUUCUUUAGAUCCAUUUGGAAAAAAGAAGAAGGAUAAAAGUAAAAAACAAAUUGAAGCAGAAGAAAGAGAAAAAAUGAGAGUUCUUGUAUCCAACUUUACUGAAGAACAGUUAGAUAGAUAUGAAAUGUUUAGAAGGUCAGUGUUUCCCAAAGCAGCAAUAAAAAGAAUUGUACAAACUAUUACAGGAAAUUCAGUGUCUCAAAAUGUAGUAAUUGCCAUGUCAGGCAUUGCAAAAGUUUUUAUUGGUGAAAUAGUUGAAGAAGCUCUUGACAUAAUGGAAGCUCAAGGUGAUUCAGGACCAUUACAUCCAAAGCAUUUAAGAGAAGCUGUUAGACGGCUAAGAAAACGUGGUGCCAUACCUUCAUCUAAAGGUAGAAAACUACCUUUUUACAUUUAGAUUAAUGUAAAGAAAGUAAUAAAAUGUAUUAUAUAAAAUUAUAUUUAUUUAUUUAAACCACCAAUUAUGAUUG